AUGCGCCUGGUCCACAGCGUAGCAGCCCUUGCUGGCUUGACCGGAUCUUUGGUUUCGGCCGCUAACAGUUCUUUGCCUAUCAUCAAGACAGAAGGUAAUGCAUUUUUCGACUCUGAAAGCGGCGAGAGAUUCUAUAUUCGUGGCGUAGACUACCAGCCUGGCGGGUCGUCCAACCUCACAGAUCCACUCGGUAGCACUGACAUCUGCAAGAGAGACGUCCCUGUGUUCCAGGAUCUCGGGCUCAAUGCAGUGCGUGUCUACACCAUCGACAACACGCAAGAUCACUCGGAGUGUAUGCAGAUGCUCGCCGAAGCAGGCAUAUACGUGAUCUUGGACGUCAACACCCCCGACAGCUCGAUUUCGAGAUCCGACCCGGCGUGCUCAUACAACGCCGAUUACCUGCAGACAGUCUUCGCGACGAUCGAUGAGUUCGCCAACUACAGCAACGUGCUGGGCUUUUUCGCCGGAAACGAAGUCAUCAACGAUGUCAAUAACACUAACUCUGCCACGUAUGUGAAGGCGGUUGUUAGAGACAUGAAGAAGUACAUGAAGGCUAGAAACUACCGUGCGGUUCCCGUGGGUUACUCCGCCGCAGACGUGUCUGAGAACGUGCAACUUGCGGCACAGUACUUCAACUGCGGUGACGACGAAGACGCUAGAGUUGACAUGUUUGGAGUUAACGACUAUUCCUGGUGCGGACAGUCUAGUUUCCGCACGUCGGGGUACUCCCAGAAGGUGCAAGCAUACAAGAACUACUCCGUCCCAAUUUUCCUGAGUGAGUUUGGCUGCAUCAAGACGAAGCCAAGGCCUUUUACCGAAAUCGGGUCUAUUUACUCCACCCAGAUGUCGUCUGUAUUCUCCGGCGGCCUUGUUUACGAGUACUCCAACGAGGACAACAACUAUGGGCUGGUUGAUAUUGAGAGCGACACCACGGUGAACAAGCUUACCGACUACAACAACUUGAAGCAGCAGUACCAAAGCACGCAGAACCCAAGUGGUGACGGCGGUUACUCCAAGGACAACAGCCACUCUUCAUGCCCUAGCUUUGAAGAGGGAACAUGGGAGGCUAACAAUACUCUGCCGCCUAUGCCCAGCGCCGCGUCAUUGUUCUUCUCAAAGGGCGCUGGUCAACCUAUGGGUACCGGUUACCCAACACAACAGAUGUGCGACAAUGCUAAUGUCAGCGAAUACUUCACCACAUCAUCCUCCGACGAUGAGUCCAGCUCAACAUCUGCUUCUGGAAAGUCCUCUGCUUCCUCUUCAUCGUCAUCGGCUUCUCAGGCUUCUUCCUCAGGGGCUACAAGCACGAGUUCAACUCAGAGCUCCUCAAAGUCAAAGGGCGGUGCCGUUGGUGCUGUCCACGUACCUCUUGUCUUCAAGGCAAUGGUGCAUAUCUGGAACUAUGUCCUAUGA